GGGGACAUCAAGUGGACCCUGAAGGAUGAUCCCAUUCUGCAGGUGCCGGUCUAUGUGGCAGAGCCAGCAUUCCUUCCAGACCCCAAUGACGGCAGCCUGUAUAUCCUGGGAGGAAAGAACAAAGAAGGUUUGAUGAAGCUGCCGUUCACCAUCCCGGAGCUGGUGCAGUCCUCGCCGUGCCGCAGCUCGGACGGAGUGCUCUACACCGGGAAGAAGCAGGACACCUGGUUCAUUGUGGACCCCAAGUCAGGGGAGAAGCAGACCACCCUCUCAACAGAGGCCUGGGAUGGUCUGUGCCCAUCCAGCCCCUUGCUCUACAUCGGACGGACCCAGUACGUCAUCACCAUGUAUGACACCAAGUCACGGGAGCUGCGCUGGAAUGCCACCUUCUCCGAGUACUCUGCCCCGCUCUGCGAGGAGUCCUACCACUACAAAAUGGCACACUUGGCCUCAAGCGGGGACGGGCUGGUGGUGACCCUGGACAAGGAGAGCGGGGAGGUCCUGUGGGCGCAGAACUACGGCUCACCUGUGGUUGGCAUCUACCUGUGGCACCAGGACAGCCUGCGCCGCCUCCCCCACCUCAACCUGGCCAUGGAGACCCUGCGCUAUCUGACCUUCCAGUCACAGGACAUCCAUGUCCUCAAGUGGAGCUACCAGUCCGUCAAGGACUUCGCUGCCACCAAGACCCAGCUGCUGCCGGCGCUCUACGUGGGAAAGCACACGACCAGUUUCUACGCCGUGACCUCCCUGGUGCACGGCAGCGUGGCGCUGGUGCCCCAGGGCAUCACGCUGGCCAGGAUCGACGGCCCCACCACGGACGACGUGACCAUGAGGGAGUCCGGGGAGUGCGAGAUCAUGCCCAGCACGGACGUCAAGUACCCGCAGGGCAGCAUCGCCUCACCUCCCAACCAGUGGCUCCUCAUAGGGCACCAUGAGCUGCCUCCUUUGGUCCACACCACGAUGCUGCGAGCCUUCCCAGAGAACCUGAGGAAAACCACGGAAACCAUCAUCCCCAGGGCUCCUCCCAGCAGGACCGUGUUUGACGAUUUCCUGGCCCCGAGCAGCCCGGAGGAGCCAGCUGUCCGCAGCGAGGGGCAGCUCCAGCCAGACCCCACGCCGGGGGAGCAGGUGGAGGUGUACCCCGAGUCUGGCACCUGGGACCUGGUGAUGGCUGGCGUUGGCACAGCUCUGCUGGGCGGGGGAAUCCUGGUCCUGCUGCUCACGAAACUGCAGCGGCAGCAUGUGGCCCAGCAGCAGCAGCUGGAGGAGCAGAUACAGCUCCUGCAGCGGCAGCAGGAGAUGCUGCGCUCGGGCCGAGUCUCCAGGGAGGGCAUCCCUGAGGAGCCCAGGGAGCUGGAGCUGAGCCAGGGCAGGGCCUCAGAGCUCUCACUGAGCUCCAGCCCCUCUGCCUCCCUGAAGGACUCAGCUAAUGGGACAGUCAGCCCAGAGCCAGCUGUCCCAGGGGCUGAGGAAGAUGCAGAACCAGACCUGGUUGUAGUUGGGAAAGUUUCUUUUAACCCCAAGGAUGUGCUGGGCCAUGGAGCUGGAGGAACCUUUGUCUUCAGGGGGCACUUCGAGGGCCGCAGGGUGGCCGUGAAGCGUCUCCUGCCCGAGUGUGUCCACCUGCUGGACCGUGAGGUGCAGCUGCUCCGGGAGUCGGACGAGCACCCCCACGUCGUCCGCUACUUCUGCACGGAGAGGGACCGGCAGUUCCACUACAUCGCCAUCGAGCUGUGCUCCGCCACGCUGCAGGAGUACGUGGAGAGCCCCAGCUUCGAGCGCCGUGGGCUGGACCCGGUGUCCGUGCUGCGUCAGACCAUGUCCGGGCUGGCCCACCUGCACUCCCUCAGCAUCGUGCACCGUGACCUGAAGCCCUGUAACAUCCUCAUCUCUGUCCCAAACCGCCACGGGCAGAUCCGCGCCGUCAUCUCUGACUUUGGCCUUUGCAAGAAGCUUCAGGGGGGACGACAGAGCUUCAGCCUCCGCUCCGGGAUCCCCGGCACUGAGGGCUGGAUCGCGCCCGAGGUGCUGCAGGAGGCCCCGAAGGAGAACCCUACCAGUGCUGUGGACAUCUUCUCAGCCGGGUGCAUCUUCUACUACGUGGUGUCGGGGGGACAGCACCCCUUUGGGGACAGCCUGCGGCGCCAGGCCAACAUCCUGGCGGGCUCCUACCAGCUGAGCUGCCUGCAGGAGGAGGCUCACGACAAACUCGUUGCGAGGGAGCUGAUUGUGGCGAUGAUCAGCUCCGAGCCCCAGCGCCGGCCCUCGGCCCCCGUGGUCCUUGUGCAUCCCUUUUUCUGGAGUCAGGAGAAGCAGCUGCAGUUCUUCCAGGACGUCAGUGACCGUGUGGAGAAGGAGCCAGCCGAGGGGCCCAUCGUCUCAGCCCUGGAAUCGGGGGGACGGGCGGUGGUGAGGACCAACUGGAGGAUGCACAUCUCCCUCCCGCUGCAGAUGGACCUGAGGAAGUUCCGCACCUACAAGGGGGGGUCAGUGCGUGACCUGCUGCGGGCCAUGAGGAACAAGAAGCACCACUACCACGAGCUGCCGGCCGACGUGCGGCUGGCCCUGGGCUCUGUCCCCGAGGGCUUCGUGCAGUACUUCACCUCCCGCUUCCCGCGGCUGCUGCUGCACACGCACGGAGCCAUGCGGGUCUGUGCCCACGAGCGCACCUUCCACUCCUACUACUGCCAGGGCCUGAGGGGCGACGGCGCCUGAGGGCCGCGGGUCAUGGCUGAGGGGCGACGGCGCCUGAGGGCCGCGGGUCAUGGCUGAGGGCUGCGGGUCGUGGCUGAAGGGCAACAGUGCCUGAGAGCCGUGGGUCAUGGCUGAGGGGCGACGGUGCCUGAGGGCCACAGGUCAUGGCUGAGGGCCGCGGGUCAUGGCUGAGGGGCGACGGCGCCUGAGGGCUGCAGGUCAUGGCUGAGGGCCGCGGGUCAUGGCUGAGGGCCAUGGGUUUUGCCCAAGGGCCGUGGGUCAUGGCUGAGGGCCAUGGGUUGUGCUCAAGGGCCAUGGGUCAUGGCUGAGGGCCAUGGGUUGUGCCCAAGGGCCGUGGGUCAUGGCUGAGGGCCAUGGGUUGUGCCCAAGGGCCACGGGUCAUGGCUGAGGGCCAUGGGUUGUGCUCAAGGGCCACGGGUCAUGGCUGAGGGCUGUGGCCGCUGCUCCCCGCCCGGGCCCUCUCUCGGCGUCCUGCUGCCGGGCCAGGCGAGGGCACGAGGCAGCAGAGGUAUCACAGUCAGACUCAGGUGUGAAGGCAUUUGGGUCAGAAAACAAAGACAUCUCAGGUGGACGAAGUGAUUGGAGAAGAAAGAGGAAAACACGUUGUGUUUUCACAGCGGGGCCCUGGCACAGCGAUGCCCUCAGUCUGCCGUCAGCCCCAGGGGACAUCCACCAGGGACAGGAAGCUUUGUCCCGCUUUGUGCAGUGGGUUCUCUCAUGUGCCAGGGGACACAGCUCCUUGAGCACACCAGGCCCCCAGUCCUGACACUGGAGCUGCCCCUCAGCCCCAGCGGGGCUGUGCUCUCCAGGCCAGGCUGAGCAGCCACCCUGGGGCUGGGACCUGCCCGUGGCACCCGGGCUGUGAGGGCACAGCCCCGCCAUGAAGGUGUGAAUCUCAGCUGGGCUCAGAACAGGGGUUUCUCCCUUAGGGUCCCCAGCAGCCUGUACCUGUGCCAGGCCUGGUGGCACUGCAGUAUGGAACAGUUGCCCCUGGGAUCCUUCCCUCAAAGACAGGCCUAUGCCUGCAGCUCCCCCAGCCUCUCCUGCUGCCCAGGGCGGGUGUCCCAUGAGUGCUUUGGUUCAUGGCAUCCCCAUGGGCAUGUGUUCCCUGCUAGCCAGCCUCCAACACCAACUGAGCCCAUGGGCACAGAGAGCCCCACAACAAAGCUCCUCUGUGGAACAGCAAUAAUUGUGUAUAGUCUGAUUCCUGUGUGUGCUGGGGUGUGGGAUUUUGUUACACAGGUAACAGGGUUUGUACCAAGUUUAUUUUCAGAAUAUAUUUCUACAAAAUGUUAUAAAAAUUAAAAAAUAAAAACGAAAAAGCUGGUCCUGC